GCAGAAAUGAUGCGCACACUUUGAUUCCAAGUAGUUGUUUUUGCUUUUACUAUAUGACGCAUGAAAUCUCUUGACGAUUAUUUUUGAAGACUAUGCUGUGUGUUCACCGAGAAACUUCAGCUCCAACUUUGCCUAUUCAACAGUUUUAUAUCGGAAGCGAUGAUGGUUAUGGUAUUGCUGAUGAAAUACAUAAUUCCACCGUUCUGCCGGUUCAUCAAACAAAACAUAUCAGCCUAUCGUCUAAUGAACCUGUGAAAUCUAUUUCAAUUGAUUACUGUAAACAGAAACCCAUUUUGUACUCACAACCUGUUGUACCUGAUUUACAUUUACAACCACCAUGUGUUCAAGAGAUAACUGAUUUUCCUGGUGAGACAUCAGCCCAAUUAUCUACAAAUUCUGAUCACCAAUUUACCCAACCAUCAAGAACCACUGAUAAUCCUGUUGAAAAUCUUAAACCACCUAGUGAUCCAGCUAGAAAUAUUCGACCUCAUGUCUCAGAUAAAGAAGGAUAUGAAAUAAAUGAAGAUUUUUUACGUGAACCAGCUCCAAAUGGUGGUUGGGGUUGGCUUGUUGCACUAGGGAGUUUUCUAUGCAUCUUUGCUGUGGAUGGUGUGUGCUUCACUUUUGGUCUACACAUUAAUGAAAUGAUUCACGAAGGACAGUUCAGAAUAGAUCCAUCUGACUCAAAUGAGUCACAAAGAAAACCAUCUUUAGCUUUGUUAAGCUUGCCUGGAGCAUUACUGUGUGGGAUGUAUUUUUUAUUCGGUCCGUUUACGGGUGCUCUGGUAAAUCGUUUUGGCUAUCGUAUAGUUGCAUCAAUUGGUGCAGUCAUUACUUCAUUAUGCUUUCUAAUAAGUGCUUUGUUCAUUUAUGAUUUGGUUACAUUCAUCGUUGUGUUUGGUAUAAUAGGUGGAAUCGGUUGUAGUCUAGUUUAUUUACCGGCAAUUACAGUUAUCGGACACUGGUUUGAAGAACAUCGAGCUUUCAUUGUUGGCAUUGUAAUGUGUGGUGGAUGUUUAGGUGCCGGUUUAAUGGCUAUUAUUACACCUCAUUUAGCAGUUCAUUUCUCAUGGCGUGGUAGUCUCAUUCUCAUUAGUGGAUUGUUUAGUCAAACCUUAGUUGGUAUAGCGUUAUUUCGUCCUGUGAGUGUACAUGAAAGAAUAAGAGCUAUUAGAUCAUUAAAAGAAGUAGAGAAGAAACAAAUCAAACGAAAAAAGUGCAAAUUGAAUUGUUUGCCAUCUAGUCAUAAACCAAAACAUCAUUCUGUAAAAAAAAUUGCAAUUCAACGUGGUUCUAUUAUGGCUCGUAUUAUUGAAGAAAAAUCACGUCAACGAACUACAUCUACUGGCAGUUUAGAUGGAAUGGUAAUAACACGUGAAAAUGAACUUGUAGCUCUAUCAUCUGAUGCGUAUGAAGUGGUCAAAGCUGCUGCUGUCAUUUACAGUGCUAAUACUAAUAACACUGUAUCGAUAAAUGCUAAACAAAAGGAAGAAAUAGGAAUACAAAAGAAGUUUGAAGAAAAUCAUUUAUCAUCAUCAUUUGAAUCAACAUCUUUUGAACAAUUAAAGCCUAGUAAUAGUACGAAUGCAAAGAGUAAUAGUUUAAGGUAUUCUCUAGAUAAUAAUCGUAAAAAUCUACAAACACUAACUGAAGGAUUUCCUAUGUCAUCAUUUGAUCAAACAACAGAGAACUUUCAAACAAACUCACAACCUCCUUGUAUUGCAGUACUUCCUCCGCCUGUGCAAUUCAGUCGUGCUGCUGUACGACGUAUAGCACGUGCAAUCUUACAAAAAUUACACGGACAAAGUAGACUGCCGUUUUCACCAUCAAUUACUUCUAUAUCAACUGGUUCAAGACAAGUUAUAGCAUCAUCUUUUCGAUUUAGUGGUGAUAAUCGUAUUGAUUCAUGUGCAAAUUUUAGUACACCAUAUACAAAUAGUUCACGAAAUGUUCAUUAUGACAGAGUCAGUCAAGUUUAUCUAUAUGAUAUAUGCCAUAGAUCAGUAGCUACAAAUAUAUGGAAAGGAAAAAGAAGUUUAUGUGCCUCCUCUUUGUAUAGUGAAUUGGUUUCAAACGCUAGAGAUUCGGUAGCUUCAUCUGCUCCUGUACGCCAUUUAUCAACAGCAGUGAACCGUUCUAUCUCUGCACAAGAAUCUCAUAUUCGAUUGAAAUUAUCAACACCUGAUUCACCUUCAGCAUUAACAUCUUUAAUCAGUUUAGAUUCUUAUACAGGGCAUAUUAUAUCACGUGAAUUGAAUAGUCUUCUGUUAGAUCAAUCUAUUAAACUAGCUAUACUGAAUGAUAUACGUCGUGAGUUAAGUCGUCCAAAAUAUCGUCCAGAUUUUUUCUACGCUGGUAAUAAACAUAAACUUCCCUUGUAUCAUGUGCCUGAAUAUACAACAUCUAAACAAUUACCAUGUGAUGCAAAUUACGCUUUAAAAGAGUUGGCAAUUCAAUCACAUAAUCCCACUGUAAAUCAAUGUCCAAAUUUAUUCGAAGGUGUUAUUCCUGUAGAGAAUAUCAUGUUAACUCGAAAUAAAUCACUUAUACCUGAUAAUCAAAAAUUUGACGUACUCAUUCAUUCAUCAAAACAAAAUAAGAGUAUUUCUAAUCUUCAAAAAUUUAUUACUUCACCAAAAAUCAAUGAAUUAUUCUCCUAUCUUGCAGAUAUGUUAGAUAAUCAAAUACUUAAAAGUUUUACAUUUAUUAUUAUUUCAAUCGCAUGUUUUGUAAAUAUGUUGGUUUUUUUAGUUCCAUUUCACUACCUUCCACUUUUAUUGGAUUACGGUGGUCUUGAAUGUUAUUUUAAUUCAUUUUGGUGUCCGAAUGGAUUGACCGAUGAGAUUAAAUAUAAUAGAACAUCUGGUCAAUUUGACCAAUCAACUGUUAAAUAUAUCAACGCUUUAAAGAGAAACUAUGCAUUUCCUAGUUCAGAAUCCCUUUUUUUAACAAUCGGUUGUGCUAGUAUUCUUGGUCGUUUAUUUGCAGGAUUGUAUAUUGAAAAGGGUUUGAAUACAAAUCGAAAAUUUUUGUGUCGGUUUCCUCUCAUGGUAGAUCCUAUGCUCCUGAACAAUUUCGCUUUAAUUGUUUGUGGACUUGCAGUUAUCUCAUUUCCAUUAGCAAUUCAUGGUAUUCUGUUGACAAAAAAUUCGGACCAGUCUUCGUCUGAACGCCUUAUGCAAGCCUGGUCUUUAAAGUUUCGGCGUCAUUUGUUAUAUCUCGGUAGUAUAGUGUAUGGUUUAACUAACAAAAUGCUACCCUUGUUACCGUUGUCAAUCCGUGCCUUCACAUCUGCAUCAAAUCUUCCUUGUUCAUCAAGGAUGCUGACCAGCCAUAUCAAUUUCUUUACGAAGUGUUAUUCUUGUUGAGUUAUUUGGUCUUCAUCGUCUGACAAAUGCAUUUGGAUAUUUACUUAUUUUCCAAGGCCUUGGUGUAAUUUGUGGACCUCCAUUAUUCGGUCUUUUUUCGGACCAAGCUUGUCAUGGAUGUUUAGAUAGUCGUCCAUUUUGUGAAUCUAUUCCAAUACAGUUUACAUCAACCAGUCAUAAAGAAUGUACAAUGCGUUUAAUAUUAUCUUUUUAUAUUUGUGCAGGAUUACUCAUUUUGUCAAGUAUCUUAUUUAUGCCACUGCGUUGGUUAGCCCAACAUGAUCCAUAUCGUAAUGCACAUAUGUUACAGUCAUCAAUAAAUAUUUCAAGUAAUGCACCUCAAUUAGAUGAAGAUAUUUCAUUUUCACUUGGAUUAGGUCAAGGUGAAGUAUAUGAUCCUCAAGAAACACAGACUACGCAUGUACUGUAUGAUGAAAAUGAACCGAGUGUAAAAACUCAUUAAAGAACCAGUGGACAUUAUACCCACC